GUUAGCUCAUUGUGUAGCUUUGGGCUUAACUAUAAACAAACACUAUACGCCGUUAACCUAAAGUAAUAUAAUAUUGUGAGAUACAAUACAACACGCCCAAAAAAUAAUCAGUGUAAACAAUGUUUGAACUCACCAUAUAACACAGAGGAGAAGCACUUGAGAAAGUAAUAUGUAAGAGAAAUUAUAGCUGUAACGUACGACAUUUACUAACAGAUACGUCUAAUAAUAAACUGAAAUUUGCGUUGAAAAAAAGUUAAGAUUAUUAAACUUGAUACAUGUAUAGUGGAUUUUGCUUACCGUAUAGACCGAGAUAAGGAAUAUCGAAUAACAAAACAAACAGCAACUAACUUCAGCUCUGAGAUGGCUGAAACGGAUGAUUAAAGAUUUUGUUGGUUGUUUACUGCUACUUGGUGUCAAGAUAUGAAUAUGUCUAAAAAUAGUAAUUAAAAAGAAAGAGAUAAACACACUUAUGUUAAAAAACGAAAAUACCAUUUGACCUGUGUUUUGGAAGUGAGUGUGGGCUGAGGUUUGUCACUGGCCUAGGCCUAAACAUAGAAAAAUUGAGAAGCUGGAUAAUAAUUCUACAUUUUCAAGCAAGAAGAAAUCCUUCCAAGACAACUAAAAAAAAUAUGGGUUGGAGAAAAAUCCUCAUAAUUUUGGUUAUAAAUGUACUCGUCUUUACAUUUGGAGCUGAAGGACCAAAAGGUAUGAAGUUUUCAGUUCCACAAUUGUCAGAAGAAGAACAAGAAAGUGCCCACUUGCCAAACUAUUUGAAAUGUGAUGCAUGUUUGGCAGUAGCCUACCAGUUACAAACUGCUCUGGCAAAGAACAGAAAAAGUGGAAGACUGGCAGAGUCUGAUGUUUUUGAUAUAAUGGAAUAUGUCUGUGAGAUUAGCUUUCAAAACUAUGGAUUAAAAGAGGUUGAAGGAGUGAAACGAUUAUCAGGACCAGGUUUACCUACAGAAAAUGUUGCAGCCAUGACUCAGAUGGGAGGAAAAUGGCCCUCAAGAAUACAGGAAAUAUGUCACAUGUACUUGGGGGAAAUUGGAGAAAUGGAAAUCUACAGAGCUUUCCAAGAAGAUCCUCAUCAACUGUCAGUGUUCAUGUGUUAUGGUCAAGGUGUGCAGGGAUAUUGUAAUCAUCAGAAGGACAUUAAGGUGGAAGAACAUGACCAUGUAUCAAAAGAUGAAUUUUAAGUAUUUCUUUAAUAUCAAAAUGCAUUCCUUUUUCAACCAUGAUACAUAUACACAAAUCUAUUUUAAAUAAAACUUAUCUUUAUUUCUAAAA